AUGGGAGAACGAUCUAAGCAAGAUCUACUUGCUGGGCUCGCUGCGAUAUAUCAGUCUCGGGACUUCUCGGAUCUUGUGGUUUUUGGGCGAGAGGGUACGAGGCACGCGGUGCAUCGCGCAAUUGUGUGUCCGAGGUCAGAAUUCAUUUAUCGGGCUUGUAAAGAAGGAAGAUGGAGGGAAGGCGUCGAAGGACAAAUAACCCUACCAGAAGACGAUGAAGUCGUGAGACUCAUAGUAGAAUACUUCUAUCUCCUAGACUACGACCCCAUCAUCCGGCUUCCAGAUCCCGCAACACCAGCUUCAAGACAUAGUUCCGACGCCACGAGCGUGCGAACAGAUGCAGGAAAUUAUGGCCACGUAUAUGGAACGUCCGCUAUCAGCGCAUUCGGUGGCCCGGCAUCACCAUUCUCACCACCUUUCAGAUCGCGUACAGACUCCGCUCUGACAAUGCAUGCGAUGCCCCUCGGGGCUACAGAAUACACAGCAUACAACACCAACCAGCCCAGAAGGCGCCAGCAAGCAAAUCGAAGCAUGGUGACUAGCCCGCCUGAGCCUUCACCGCUGGCAACGCAAGAACCUCAUUUAGUCUUGCAUGCCCGAAUGUAUGCUGCUGCUGAGCAGUACGGAGUUGGCGGGUUGAAAGCGCUUUGUCUUGAUAAAUUCAAGAUUCAAUUGACUCGACACUGGGAUGCGGUCGAAUUAGCGGAGGCAAUACAUGUCGUAUACUCGUCCACGCCUCCCUCCGACAAAGAUAUGCGAGAAGCAGUGGCAGAUACGCUAGGAUGGCAUAACCGCUUGCUCGAUAAGCCCGAGAUCGAGGUUGCGAUAUUGGAGAUCAAUGGGUUGGCGUAUGAGCUGCUGAAGCGCAGUAGGAGGGCCGAGCCAGAGUACAUGGAAUAG